AAAUAAUCAUGAAAUAGAACCAUAAUCGAGCAAAAUAAAAAAAAAAAAUAAAGAAAAGAAAACGAUACAACAAACCGAUAUAUUUAGGCGUGUGCGGCUUACAAUUAAAAUCAUAUAGAAUAAUCUAUAUGGUAACCAUCGAUACAGUUUAUUUCUCAAUUAAAUUUGAAAUAUCAUCGACAACAACUGAAUGAAAUUUAUAGAAAAAAAAGAGACUCAAUCAAACAACACAGAUUUGAGAGUGAAAGAGACAAUGAAAUGAAAUAAUCGUAGCAAAAGUCUAUCGAUUAAACGAGGUUAAAAUACACGAGCAUGAGAAAGACAGCGAGUGUGCUGUAAGAAAAAAAAAUUAUAACGUAAACGAACUGGGCUGUUUGAAUUAAUCAAUAGAAGCCAAAAAACACUGAAGUUUUUCUCAAUGGAAAUGAAGAAAUGUUUAUACUUUAAAUGUAGUUGAUUAUGGUGCUGACGACAUUUAACCAUCGCCGAAUAACCCGCUUACGAAGAAAAUAAAUAAACAUUCAAGUGAUGAAACUGAGAGAACAACAACCAAAUUGACCAAAAGUGGUGUGACGUGAAAUAAACGUUUUAUUUUUUUUUACGGUGAAUUGUAAUUUUAACAUAUCGUGCGCCACACACAAACAAAGUAAAUAGUAAUCAUCAUCAUUGAGAGGCAUAUCGAUCAUAAACAAAAAUUGAUUCAAUUCAUUCGGAAUUGAGACAGACAGGGGGGUAAAAGUAGCGGAAAAUUCUCAGUGAGAUCAAUAGCCCUGAAUGCGCUGAAUGCAUUCUAAUCAAUUGUGCAAUUUAAGCGGAUUGAUGAUAGACACACACACACACUCAUCUAUAUGUGUGUAUGAACUAGUUUGAUUUGAUCGAACACAGUGAAGCAGAAAGAGAGAACACCAAUUGCAAAUAUUCUCGCCGAAUUUCAGCAGGAACAAAAGGAGCAAAUAUAAAAAUCAUCAUAUCACUAUAUUCAUUAUAUACAAUUUUUCAUUUGUUGCAAUCGAAACAAAACCGACUUUUUUUUUCUUGUUGUUGUUGGUCGAACAGCGAAUUGUUUACGAACGCCGCCGUGAUUUACUUCGGUUCGAUUAUCCCUUGGCUAUUUGGUGUCGAUUAAAUUAAAUACGAAACAAUGCGGCGACGAUAACGAGAUUGAUGCGAAUACUUUGACUGAUGAUUUAUUUGAAUACAGCACAUACACAUGCAUAAAUUGUAUAACAAAACUGAAACGAGCAUAUUUUUGAAUAAACUUUGAGGAAUCAAUUGAAGAUUGAUUGAAGACCAGUCGCUCUCUCAACCAAUCGAUUGUCGGAUUUUCAUCAAUUUCGAUGUACUGUACAUGUUGUGUGUAAGAGAAAGAGAGUGCAAAAACUAUCUGAUUGUUGCGCGCGCGAGUGCUAUAGUGAGUAAAAAGUCAAAUGAAUAUAAAAAAAAUCACUGCUUUGAAUGCGAAAUACUGAAAUAACAUUUUUUUUAAAAAAAAAGAGGCAAAGAACGAUCAAAAAAUCAUCAGAUACAUGUGUGCGUAUACGUUUAAGCAUCUCUAAACGUCAGAAAGACAAAAACGAAACAAAAUUGAAAGAAGAAAAGAAAAAUAAACUUGCUUAUAAACAUAUAAGACGCUAUAGCGCGCUUUACACAUAACAGAUACUGAAGAAAAUCGUGCAGUAAUAUGUAUGUUACGCCACGUAUGUGAAUUCUGACUGUGAGUAGUAUAUGAGCAUUGUGAGUGUGACAGAGCAAAAUACAAACGGCAAAAAAAAUAAAACACCAACAAUAAAACGACAGCAGCAACAACAACAACAACAAUACUACAUAUCCGAUAGCAAGAGUCCAUCGCAUACGGUGUCGAAUACGCUGUUCCGUACAAUAGCUAAAUGUAUCUAAGUUUUUAUGUAAGGAAAUAUGCGCACACAUCGCGAUUGUGAUGAUAUAUAAAUGUGCAUUGACUUAUGUGUGUGUGCGCCGUGCAUGUUGUGAGUGGCGGAGAAUCUCGUCGAAAAGAAAUUCGGUCUAACUUAAAGACAAUGACAUUACGAGCAACAAAAAUAUUGGAACUUAUUUUCGCUCAUUUGAACACUAUAUGAUUGUUACUUUUUACAUAUAGAUUUCAUUUUUUAUUUCGUGCAAAAUUAAGGAAUUUUUAUAGCGAAAAUUGUCUAUUGCCGAUUCCAAAUAGUCAAUUAUAAUUCAUUUUGCUGAUUUGCCGCCGAUAGUUAGGUAGAAUUGUUUUUUUUUUUCUGUUCGAGUUGCAUUAUCACAUGAAAUGAACCAUAUCACAACGAAUUGCAUUGCAAGAGAAACGUAAACAUAUCAAUCGCAAUUGUGAAUAUCAAAGCAAAAAAAAGCAACAAGUUAAUAAAUAAAGUUGGAAAGAAAUAAUAAAAGAAAAAUCGAAAAUAAAGAAAUUAUCAAAUUUGUGUGUCAGUGUGAAUUUGUCUAGCCUACCCUCUCACUCCCCUCACACUCAAGUCAAGCCAAUUAUAAAAGAAACUAAUUUGAAUUUGAAUAUAUAUCUUCCUUGAUUUAUUUCUUUCGAAAAGACACAAACACAAUUUACGCAAAAAUCGAAACAUCGACAAAAACAAAAAUAAUAAAUUUCAAAUGGUGCAUCGCAUCCACAUUGUGUGUUGCAAUCAAAACGAUCAACAAAUUAAAAGCAACAUACGUAGUGAUUGUGGCCGCGGUGUUUUGUGGUAUGAGCGAAAAAAUUCUAAUAAACAACGAAAGCGAACCAAGUGUACCGUUAAAUAAUAAUUAUUAUCAAAGAAAUGAUAACGAAAAUAGUACAAUAAAUAAAUGUUACCAAUGCUCCCCCAUGUUCUUUCAACGGAAACGAAAUUUGAAACGACUAUGGGGUUUAGCCACAACAACAGCCUCAAGUCUGAAUCAAGAGCAAUUGGAUCAACACCAACCGCAUUCGAUGCAGUCGGCACAUCAUUUACAUCAUCAUCAUCAUCACAAUCACCACAAUCACCAUCAUCAGCAACAACAACAACCUCAUCAACCGAAUCAAAAAUGCCCGCCGCGCUCAUGCAAUCCAAUAAAAUUCGACUGUGGAGGCAGUUGUUUGUGUGGCAACUCAAAUGCCGAUGGAAACAGCAGCGACUGCAGCAGCAUCGCAACAUCAGCUCAAUACCAAUUAAAUCCCGCCACAAUGCAAACAACAAAUUUGUAUCAAAUGUUCUAUGCGCUCACCAAAAAAUUAAAAGAAUCACAGGUGGACACCCUGUGCCAAGCGGUAAAAUAUGGAACGUACGAUGGUCAAACGACAAAUUGUGUUUUAGUGCCGAGACUAUUAAUCGAAGACCAAGAUCCGCAUGUUAUUGCAUGCCGUUUGUGGCGAUGGCCCGAUCUACGUUAUGCAAUCGAAUUAAAACGGAUACCAUCGUGCCCAAACGAAAUAGAUCCCGUCUAUAUUUGCUGCAAUCCGACACAUUGGUACCGGAUAUGUCGAACAGAUUCACCUCCACCUCCCUAUUCACUAUUUGCCAUGGAAAGACUGAAGCCCGAAGAUCGAGCACCAAGCGAAGAACGUGUACGUGAUCCUAGUAUUUUUCCAGGGUCACUAAGUACCGAUGGUGAAGACAAAUCAUCGUCGGGUUGGUGUCAGUUGGCAUAUUGGGAACAAUCGCAACGAGUCGGUCGCUUAUUUCCUGUAGAAAAUCCGGCUGUGAAUAUAUUCGCUGAACAAACGCGAGGCGAUGGCUUAUGUCUAACAACAUUGGCAAUGCAACGAUUGUCAGCUACACCGGACGUUGUUCUGAAAGCCAGACAAAAAAUUGGUCUAGGGGUGACAUUAAGUCGAGAGUCGGAUGGUGUGUGGAUAUAUAAUCGUUCAUCGGCACCAGUUUUUGUACAUUCACCUACACUUAGUGAUAUUGAUUCGAGAUCUGUGCUCGUUUAUCGGGUACCACCUGGCCAUUGUCUUCGUGCUUUUGAUCAUGAUAAGGCUGCAAAGGAGUCUUAUGCUUGGCCAACAUCAAUUGCUGGCAAUGAAAUUGGUCCAGUCGACAAUUAUAGUGUACGCAUAAGUUUUGCCAAAGGCUGGGGUCCCAACUAUUCUCGAUUAGAAGUAAUAUCGUGCCCGUGUUGGUUAGAAGUAUUGCUGAGCCCAUGUCGGUGACACAUUGUAAAACAAUAUCCUAGGAAAACUGUUUGCACUCUUUGAGAGUUAUUUCACAUCUUUGGCCCACCAUCUCAGUUCAAACGAAAAUGGAAAUUGUUAUAUUUCGGCUUGACCGUAAUCGCAUGACCCAAUUUUGUUUUUUUGUUUUUUAAAUUGUGGUGGAUGAUAAAUAAAUAAUUGCAGUUUAUAUAGAGAGACAAACAGAGGAAAAGAAAAAUUAAUAAGAAAAUGUUCAGCGAUAUAUUUAUAUGAGUAAGCGAAAUUAUAUUAUAUAUAAAUGAGCCAUUCAAAGAAUUCUAAGCACACAAGCAAUCAGUCGAUUUGUUUUAAAUGAGUGAUGCCUACUACUGUAUACACAAACAACGUGUUGAUAAAAAAAAUCAUACCACGAAAUUAAUGAAAAAUUGAUAAUAGAAAAAAACGAAUAUGUAUGAACGAAUUAAAAAGAAUACAUGGUUUUCUUAUUAAAAUGCCCGGAAUACAAUACUGCAAAAAAUGGGAACUUUUUUUAGUAAUUAGUAUUUUACCGUUAUUGUCCGUUUUUUUUUCAUUUGUCAUCACUACCCCUCGCCCACAUACACCACACACCACACGGACAUACUUUUAAGAACUCCUCGAAGAAGUUUUUUGAAGCUCUUUUGUCGAUAUGAACUUUGGAUGAAUAAUAAAUAGUCAAUUUGAUAAUAACGAAAUUUUUUAAUGCGUACGACUGCAAUCGGGUAGUUUGCAGUAUCAGUUAAAAGAAAUAUGUUGUUCCAUACAAUGUAUAACAGAAAAACGGAAAAAAAAAUUUAAAUAAAAAAUCAUUUUACUUCGAUCGAACAGAAUUUUGUUAACUGACGUGACUGUUGCUAAAAAAUCAAUUAUAUAAAUCGAUACUCAAAACCCAACAACAACAAAAUAAAACAAGAAAUCAAAUUAAUUGUAUAACCGGUAAAUUUGUUUAGAUGAGCUUAAAUGUACCAGUUUUAUAUUCAUUUUGUUUUGUAUAAAUCUGAACGCCUAAUAAUGAAUUAAAACAAGAAGAAAAGAGGAAAAAAACCUUAACGAAGAUGAAAAUAGGGGAAAACAAUGAGGACUCUCAAACAUUUAAACAAAACAAAAUACUUAGAGAAACUAUUGAACUGUGAAAGUGCCUAUGAAUUUUUCUUUUUAUUUUAUUCAAUAAAUGAAAAGAAAGAAAACUUUUAGAAAACAACAACACAUAAUUAAAAAGAAAAACAAUGAUGACACUAUUUAAAUGCUUUAUUCCGAGAAUGUCAAUUGGAUUAAAUAGCGAAUUGUUUUGAAAAUGUGUAUGAAAAAAUGUCAUUUGAUUUUCUUCUCACCAGAAGUUUCUCAUGCUUAUAAGCAUGUUUAAAAUGUGUACAAAAAGAAUUACAUGAUUAAUUUUAGAUUUAUUAUUGAGUUCAAGAUGAGAGAAAAAGAAAAUCAAAGAAGCAAACAAAUAUUUUUUAAAGAAAACUGAAUUGAAUUGAAAAAAAUGAAAUGAUUAAAAUCAAAUGUUCCACAAUAAUAAUGAAACAAAAGGCAAAACAGUGUAUAUUUAAGUAUGAAUUCGCAUGAAUAAUCAAGUAUUGUUUUUUAUUUUCUCAAAUGUUCGUUGGAAUGUGUAAGAAAAGAGGAGGAUUUCAUGAUAAAGCUCACGAAUAAUUUUAAAUUUCGUUAUGUGUUAAUGGUUCAUGUGGAAGCUUCCAACUUAGCAAGUUAUAAUUCAAUCCUUUUUUCUUUCUUCUACUUUUUCGUUAUUUUUUCUCGCUUCAUCACAUUUAUCUUUUCAACAUCAUCAAACUAAAAAAAAGCAUACUUCAUUCAUUAUCGAUAAAAUGCAAAACGAAAUAAAGCAUAGACUUGAUGCUGUAGUUUGUUUGGCUAAAAGCGCAUUUAUUUAGUCAAAAACAAAGAAUUUAUACGAAAUGAUGACACACAUGCAUCGUGUAUGCAUUCGUUGAAUGGGCAAUCGCAUUGUGUUUGUGCCAUUUCAAACCAUUGUUAACCAUUCGAUAUGCAAUACCCGAUGAUAUGAUUUGUUACGUUCAAGAGAUCGCUCAAGGCGCAUUCUCACAUUGACACAAUAUUUUUAUUAAAAUUGGCUUUACUCGUAUUAAAGAAAAAGUAUUGUGGUUUCAAAAAAGAAAAAGAAAACAGUGAACUCAUCAUCGCAUAUUCAUUCAUUUCGCCAGAGAAACUAACCAUUGAAAAAAAAUCGCUUUUUAUUUUCUAUUCAUCGUACCUUUUUACAAUAACACAUAAUCGCAUACAUUUCGCGCUUCAAAUGACUCCUCUCUAAAUAUAAGCGACACAGGCCAGUUCAAGCAUUUAUUUUAAUUGGUUAUCUAGUUGAUUUUCUUCUUCUUUUCCAUCGAUUAAGACACACAGAAAAUAUAGCAAACACUUUGCUGGAGCCCACAUCGAUCACUUGAUUCUAUAUCGAUUUUUACGCACUCAUCAAUGUUUUUCAUCUCUUUCAACAGCAUUCGAACUCACAAGAUAAAAGAAAAUUACAGAACAAAAGUGCAAAACAACUAAAUAAAUAACACUUUUAAUUUAUAAUCGAAUCAUGCAGAUGCAAAUCAAAAUACAAAAAAUACUGUUUUGUUGUGCCAUAAUAAAAGUAACCGAAAAUAAUUACUUUUCUUUUGUAAUAAAGUACGUAAUUUAUUGUCAUUGUCUUUGUUUGGAAUCUUCCACUUGUGUAUGUUUCAUUUAUAGAAAAAAAAAGAAGGAAAUAAGACAGUUGUCAUUUGAAGUUCAACUGUUCGGAAAAUGUCAAUUUUAAUGAACGAAAUAUUAAAACGAAAAGAAAAAACACACAGAGAGAUGUAAAAUUAGUAAUUACAAUUGAUAUUAUACGCCAAAAGAUUUUAUCAGACAUUUUUUUUUGCUCGACAUAAAUGACGUGAUUUUAAGCAAUGGUGUAAUUAAAUCGAAAUCAACGAAUUGUUGGCGUGAAAAACAAAUCGUGCAUACGGAAUAUAAUUUAUAUGUAAAUCGAUCACAAUUUCUUUUUCAUUCCAAAUCAAAACGAAUUCAACCAAUCGUGCGAAAAGGGUUACCUUUUCAAAUUAGCAUUCUCGUUUAAAAUAUGGUGGUAUUUGCAUUUUAUUGCAAUCUUUCCAGUGUAGUUUCCAUUGGUGAUGGAACCGAAUUUCAGCGAUAUUUUGAAACCGAAAAUGUGUGAAAUAUGCGAAUUUCAUCGAAAUUAAGCCAAUUUAAUGAUUCAUUUUUCCGAAUCACAUUUUAUAGCUUCAGUUCUUCAAAUUUAAUGCCAUCUCACGUCAUUUAUUUGAAAGUAUAAAAAAAAAUCGAGUGAAAUCGUUGGUUUCAAAACAAUACAAGAAGAAUGAAUAAAAAUGGGAUUAAAAUGGGACCAUAAGUACACAUUUUUGUUCAUUUUAAUAAAUUAGUUGAGUCUUUAUUUAUUGUAAAAAAAAAACAAAAUCAAGUAAGAAAUGAAUUAAAACUUUGCAAAACGAAAAAAAUCACAAGUUGAACACUAAAAGUCAGCAUUUGCGAGAUUGAAGGCACAGCCUUUAACCUUGUAUGAUACGAAGUAUUUGAAAACAAAUUAAACAAAAAAAAAAUAU